AUGCGGGUUGAAUUCAAGGAAUUGCGACGCCGUCGAACGGAAUGCAGUGUUGAGCUGCGUAAACAGAAGAGGGACGAUGAAAUGAUGAAAAGACGAAAUGUUGAUUUAAGCGAACAAUUCGAAUCUGAGGAAUCAUCAAAUGAACAAAACAUAGACACAUCAACAAAAGGUGCACAACCGAAAUUGUCAAUUGAAGAAGCUGUACGCAUACUUCAAAAUAAUCCAACGGUGCCACAAAUGCAAACAUGUUUCGAAUCAAUGAGACGUCUUUUAUCACGUUCGAAGAAUCCUCCGAUCGAUGAAGUCAUCUCAUCCGGUUUGGUCAUUGCGUUCGUCCAAGCAUUGAGUGUACCUGAUGAAAAAAUACAGUUCGAAGCAGCUUGGUGCAUAACCAAUAUUGUUUCUGGAACCAGCGAGCAAACAAUGGCAGUUGUCACACACGGCGCAGUAACACCGUUAAUUCAGCUGUGCUAUUCCAAAAACAGAGCUCUUGCUGAGCAGGCAAUGUGGGCUUUGGCAAAUGUGAUCGGUGAUUCCGCUCAACUGCGUGAUCAUGCAAUAGAAUGUGGUGCUAUAGCCGCAUUAGAGACUAUAAUCCAAAAAACCGACGAGUUAUCCACAGAUUUUAUUCGAACAUUAGCAUGGACCUACUCCAAUAUGUGUAGACACAAGAAACCGUGUCUUUCAGUCGAUUACCUCCGUCGUCUCGCUCCUGGUAUCAUCAAACUACUCUCACAGGAUGAUAAGGUGGCACGUCAAGAUGCUUGUUGGGCGUUAAGCUACCUUACCGACGGCUCAGAUGAACAGAUCAAGGUAGCGAGUGAUGCGAAUAGCUUGGCUCAUCUUAUACCGUUGAUAAAAUCUGGAAAUGAUGCCGAAGUUGCACCAGCCAUCCGUGUGUUCGGUAAUUUUGCUACGGGCAACGACUGCCUAACUCAGAUGGUUAUUGAUGCCGGUAUAUUAUCACUGAUAAAAGAUGUGGUGCAUAAUGCGAAAUCUCAGUCGAUUCAAAAAGAAUGUUGUUGGAUGAUGUCGAACAUACUUGCUGGCACUCAGUCUCAGAUUCAAUCACUUCUCAACGCACGUCUUCUGCCCGUCAUCUUCACUGCUCUUCGUGAUGGUGAUUUCCGUUCGAAAUUCGAGGCCAGUUGGGCAGUGUCAAAUUUGGCGCACGGUGGUUCGGCCGCGCAGAUAAUGGAAUUGUGUAGCGAAGAAUACGUAACAGUGUUAUGUAAUUUGCUUAAACUGCCAAACGCUGAUUUCGUUUGUAACCUUCUUGAUACUCUGUUGGCGAUGCUGAGGAAUGUUCAGAACUUGUAUCCAGAUAAACUGAAACAGAUUGAAGAUUGGAUUGAGGGAUGUGAAGGACUCGACAAACUGGAAGAAUUACAAGGAAAUGAAAAUGCGAGAAUAUACGAGACCAGUUAUAGAAUUAUUGAGGAGUUCUUCGCGGAUGAACAAGACGAUAAUGAAGAAGACGUUCGAGAAAAUGAUGCCAUUGAGUUCUAG